AAAAACUAAACAAAUUGACUUUUUCUACACUAAUUUGGCUAGAAGAACAAAGUGGCAAUUUCGGGUUUCAGUUACCAGAGUGCCGCCCUUUCUUAAUUUUCCGAUAAUAACCCACAUAAAGAAAAGGGUCAACUAUUUAUAGAAAUUGAACUCCUUUCUUAUUUUACAGGUAACCCUUUACUUAAUUCUUUGGCCACUAUUGUUCUAGAGAAAAAGAAUCAAGAAAUGGGGAGGUCAAAUGGUGAUGAUGAUUCGACUACAAUCUUUGAUGAAGGUGAUGCCACGGCCACCACACAUGAAACAGACAUAGACAUGGCUGACAGUGAAGUUGAUUCUCCUUCUGAUUUUCAAGAAGGUGAAAAAGUACUCGCCUUUCAUAGCCAACAUCUCUAUGAAGCUAAGGGUUGGAACAAAAACUGGGAUGAAUGGGUGGGCGUAGAUCGAUUGAUGAAACUCACAGAGGAGAAUGUUCAGAAGCAGCAGGAGCUUAAGAAAAAACAGGACACAGAUAAGAAUGGAAAGGCUGCACGUGGAUCACAAAUGAAAACAAAAGUCUAUACAGGGGGAAGAGGCAGAAAGCGGAAGAGUGAUAUUCCGCAGAAGGACAAGGAUGGUCCUCCUCCAGAAAAGCUUGUCAAUAUCCAAAUACCAUCACAAUUAAAGAAACAGCUGAUUGAUGAUGGUGAAUUUGUCAACCACUUGGGCAAGCUCGUCAAACUUCCUCGUGCUCCAAAUGUAGAUGAAAUACUAGAGAAAUAUCAUGACUAUCGGCUGAAAAAGGACGGAGUGAUAUCUGAUUCUGUUAAAGAAAUUCUUAGUGGUUUGCAAUGCUACUUCAACAAAGCACUGCCAGCUAUGCUCCUUUACAAGAAUGAGCGGGAACAGUUCCAAAAGUCUAUUAAAGACGAUGUCUCUCCUUCCUCUGUGUAUGGAGCUGAGCAUUUAUUACGGCUUUUUGUUAAGUUGCCUGAGAUUCUGUUCUAUGCAAGUAUUGAAGAUGAGACAUUAACAGAGUUAAAGCAGAAGUUGCAAGACUUUCUCAGAUUCCUGCAGAAGAAUCAAAGUGCAUUUUUUCUGUCGACGUACCAUUCUGAAGAAGAUUUUGAUGUGGCUGGCAAGAAACAGGAUAACUGAGUUGGAACAUCUCUUCUUCUGCUGUAUAUAUAUAUUCUGUAUCACUCCUGCUAAUGUGUAUAUUCUCUGGUGUCCAAUGCACAACUUUAUGUUGUAUUACUAGGCCUCUAACUAGUAACUUUUGCUGCAUGCUGUUUUGCUACUUAUUGCCUUGUGCAGUGGCUAUGACAGUUUUUGGUUGUCCAGCUAAUCUUUUCUCUUGAAUCAGGUACCUAAGUACCAACUAACUUUGUAGUUAGAUAUGGGAAAGAAAUUUGCUCUGCAA